AUGCGCGUACCCACACCACACACACAAAAACCCUCGAAUGCUUUGGCACACAGCGUCACUACACUGCGCUCAUUGGCUGUCUCUCGCAUUCUUUCAUCAUUUUCCCAGACGUUUGCAAUCUUCUUCACAAUGAUCGCCCUGACUUCGGACUUCAUUUGCUACUUGCUUGUGCCCUCAUCCUGGCUCUUUCUCUUCGGCAGCACCUGCGUGUGGAUGGAGCUUGUGUGGCAUGCUGAACGUGGUGUCUGCGCGCCGACUGUGGCCAUGUGCUUCCUCUUCCUCUACGUGGAGGUGGCGGUACGUCUGCGUGACCCCAAGUCAGUUCCUCUCAGCAUCGACUUGUGUCGGCCUUUCGCUGCUCACUGCAUCGGCUAUCCUGUUGUUACACUGGGUUUCGGCUUGAAGAGCCUCCUCACACACCAACUUCGCUUGCGUCGGCAGCACCAAGUGGAGACACAUAAUUCAAAGUAUUUUUGCCUUCUUGAAUUGGCUCUUCCUGAGGAGGUUCGCACACUCCAUCGAAGAGGGGAGUUGGGUAAUGGCCAACUAGCAGUAAUGAACUCACCGAACGCCAAUUCCGGUAAUUUGGCAAUAACUGCAGCUCCCUCCACAAGCACAGCGAAUUCGUUGCCUGCUAGCCCUACCAGUAUUUCCACAACAUCAGCUUCUGCUACUGCCGCUAACUCCACUUCCACGCCAUCAGCACCGACGACAGCAAAGAAUUCUCGGAAGCAGCAGCAACAACAACAAAAUCUGACCAAUGGGAAAUCCACGUCUGUAGCAAAUAACUGCGAUCAUUCCCUUGCUUCGAACCACGCUUUGUCAGGCGAAGCUCCCUACCUUUUGAAGUCACCACAUUGCGUAUUGAUGUAUACAAGUAAAGCGGAUGUUCUUGCAGUGGAUAGCUUCUCUCUCGUUCCGAGUUUCAACCUUGUCGCCCUAAAAUUUUCUGCUUCAACUAUCGCAGCCGUGGAUCGGAAGUUCUUUGGUUUCGACGGAGGUGACCAAAAUCCACAGCACCAGAAUCAGCACCAUCACCACAACCAACACCAUCACAACCACCUUGAAGGGGAGGCGAGCGGGUGCUGUGAAGCCACUGCAGUCUCUUCAAGUUGCUCCUCCCUCUCUGGUCAGGAGGUGGUUGAGGUGCGUGCGCCCAAAAAAUCGCCCACCGCAACCACCGCCAAUAGCAGUAGCGGCCUUGCUCAAGGUCACUCUGGUUCCUCUUCCGCACCACAUAAUCGGUCCAAGGCUAGUGACAAGUCCUCCCGUUCCGGCAAAGAUGCCUCUGUCUAUAGACUGGAAGAUGAACUGCGAAGACUGCGGCAUGAGCGCCAGACUAUGCUGGUGACAGAGUCGGAGCUGCGAGCACAGUUGGCUCAGUUGACUACACUGGAGCGAACCUCGCGGACGGAGACAAAUCAGGCGAGACAGGAGGUGGAGUAUUUGCAGUCCAAAUUGACCACGCUUACACAGCGACUUGAGUUUGAGAUUCUGAAGCAUCUUUACAAUCAGGAAAUCCUUCAAAAUCUCAGCUUCAAUACGGAGCGCGAAAAUUUGCAGUUAGCAGAGAAGAAGGCAGCAGAGGAGAAACGCCAACGAAACGCCCUUGAGAUAAGCCUGGCUGCCGAGAAGCGCGCUCGUAGGGAGGCAGAGAAUGCUCUGAAGGCGUCAGCUCCCUUUGGUUCAAUGACGAACAGCACCAUCACCACCUCUGCACCAUCUGUCACCAGCUCCAAAACCCACAUAAAACUUCAAAUUAACCCUGUCUGCUUUACGAACCAAGAUCAACUGGCUUUCAAACUCGUGCAGCUUUUCGUGUGGCAUUUGGAGAAGCAGGUUAGUUCUGCGCCGGUUAGAGGUUCAGGACCAAUCGCAUGUUCCACGCGCUCGAUGAGUGUUCGCAGAAACGGCUGUCGGGUCUGCGGUCUCGGAACCGUCACGAGUGGUGUACAGCGGGUCGCCUUUGAAAUGCUUGCGUGCCUGCCAUCUUGGGUAGCGGCUUUCCGGCUGGUAUAUGACAUUUCCGUUAGCCGUUAG